AAUGGAGCGUGUCAUUUGAGUUGUUCGAACGGGUCUUGAAAUACAAAAUAGCGUAGCCUGCUCUGAGUGAGGGUUGGUCUACACAUGACAUGUCUGCCAUAGAAUAUAGUUAUUUACUGAUUGAAAUAAGUGAAAAACUUGACGAACUUAGUCCAAUCCAUCGUCUUCUGUUCACGUGUCGAACGUUUCUAACACCUGGAAGCGAAGGCAACAUUCAGGAUACGCUAUCGUUAUUUAAGGAAUUGGAAGAACAGCAAAAUCUUGGAAUUGAUAAUCUGGUGGUUAUCAAAGAGCUGUUAAAAGGUGUCAGAGAAUGGUCCCUUUUUGGAAAAGUGAAAAGAUUUGAGAACAAACGAAAAGAAUACAACGCUUUGCUCGAGGAGAUAAUUCGUGUGCUCGACGAACUCAAUGAUCUGGAACGGCUCGUCUCAGUUUGCAGAGGAAAGUUGUCUGAAGAAAGUGAAGGUCUUAUUGAGAAUGUUCGCUCGUUAUUCAAGGAACUAGAAAACCAGAAUAUUCUAGGUCUUGAUCGUCUUGAUAUCUUAAAGGAGAUCCUCACCGAAACGGAGAAAAAGGAUCUACUCAAGAAAGUGGAAGAGUUCGAGGAGCGAAGAAAUAAGGAAGAUGAGUUUGAGAGGAAGAAAGGUAUUUGUUUUAUCAUUUUUACUGUACUGGAGUUUGUCGCGUUUCGGCUCUUUAUUAUGUAACAUGAUGGAACUGGCAUAUUACGGACACGUAGAGAACACAUUUUUGAAUAAAAUUCAGCGCCCAUACAUUUAGUUACUCUGGAAGGUACUUUGCAAAUUCCGAGUGCCAAGCCAUUAAAUUGUUGCUCUGUCUCGAAGUCAUGGCUUCCAGUUUAAAUGGCGGUGUGGGUCUGAGAUUCGUAUGGCUUUUCAUUCCGGCCAUUUCGCGCUUUAAAAGCCUCGACCAGCAGUUUCCCAAAACACAUCAAGUUUCCCAAACUAUAGUUCCGUACUCUGAGCCCAAGAUAAACCCAGCGUGAGGUCUUUGAUCUGUGUUUUGGAUCGCAUGUCACUUCUUAAUCGACAACUAUAUGAUGGUUCGUUCGAUUUGGGUUCCUUCGAUUCUUCGAAUUACCAAAUGUGUAGGACUGCCGGUCAACUCGUGUAUUGAAAACUUUGACCGGCUGCAGGUCAUUUAGCCACAGCGUUAUGAAUAUGUGUAACUCGAACGAAUGUCAAGCUGUUUCUGUAAUUUACAAUUUCAGUUGUCCUACAUCCUUUGAAAUUUCUUUAAUAAUUUUGCUUUGUGGAUCCGACAAACUUCUUCCGUUCCGUAGAAAUUAGAUUCAAUUUAUUGAUCUAUUCUGCUUGUGGGUAUUCCGGCGAAAAAGUCGAUUUGCAGGUCAUUCGACGCAAUUUUUCUUCCUUCCCUAGGCCUAGAACCUGUCACAAUUCAUUGUUUUUACUUGAGUAGCAUCUCCGUACUCUAGUCAGCUGGAAAUGACACUGUUGUAUCUGCGCUGUACAGUGAAACUUUGACCCCUCAACUGCGGCAGUCACUCCUUUCCAUCUUCUGAAAAAAAUAACGGAAAGCAAACCCAGAGAUUUUAUGAUUAGUUCAUUUAAUGAACACUGUUUUUGUAUUGGCAAACAAGGUGGCUCUAAUGAAUUAUUAAUUUGCCCCCCACCAACAAUUACGAUUUUUGCUCACUUAUGCAGCUAUGAAACCUGGUAUGCUGGUUAGUGCUCGUACAAAUUAUACGUGACCAGUACGUUUAGAUGCCAACUUGAUUGCGAGGAUUUUUUCUACACGCUUAAGAGACUCUUUUUCAUUCCACUGUCAUGCGUAGUCUAUGAUAGAAUGCCAACAAAGAGAUGGUUCACUUGUAAAUUUUGUCCAGCUGACUUUCUGUUUGUUGUCUUCUAGCACAAGCAGCGGCUCUUGCAUCAUCCGUCAGAAAUUCACUUACUGGAGGUAGGCCGUAUCUUGUUAAAUAUGAGUGGUUCUUUGACACGACUUUGAUAUAGAUUACAAAUAUGUUGCAUGCUCCUGUUGAUCCAGGGGUGGGUAAUGUUGUCCUCUGGAUAAUUCUCGAACCGGUGGAUAGUACAGCGCUUUUUGUCAAAAUUAUCUUUGAGAUAGCUUCUCUUCUCCUUAAACAACUAGGCCCACAUGUGCAUUCAUUAACUUUUAUAUAAAUGAGGCUAGCGAAUCCGUCACUGUUCCUUUAAGUCUUACCUAGCUAAUAACUCAUUCUUGUUGUCCUCUAGUGGUAAAUAUGAAGACUGUAUUCAAGUUGUUUGCUGGUGGUUUAGUAAUCGUUUCCGCCACGGAGGUCUUGAGUGGCUGGUCCUCAUAUGACCAGCUUGUCGCUGCUGUACAGAGCUGUGUGCUUCCGGCUGGUACAAGUCUGGUUCAAAUCACUGAUGGCUGUGUGUGCCUUACAGUUCAAGCUGAAAGUUUAUCAGCGCUUACAAACUUGUGGAAGUUAUACCAGGAUGGAACUCUUCAGAAACGACUGUACGAUUUCUUUGUCACUGAUGAGAUGAAAAAACUGGCCGAGGGAGAGGAUGUGGAGGUGAAUGUCACCAUCGAUGAAGGCGAAUAUCAGAAAGCUUGUCUCGAGUUGAUGAAUGGAGCUCAAGGUAUUGUAUGUUGCACAGUUGUUUUCUUGUUACUGUCGCGUCCCCUUCGCAGUCAGCUAAAACGUUUUAGCGUUCAGUCGAUGGAUGAGUGAAAGGUCGUGAGAGACUAGUGAUAGAGUUCAGCGUAAAUCCUGCCCUUUCCCUAGUGAAUUGAUACAUUCGUCAAAAGGUACAAUAAAGUAACAGAGGCCUAUAAUUCAUACUACGGUAUGCUAUGUACUAUGUAGUUUCGUUUGAUAUUCUCCAGCGUAACCAUAAAUUAUAGCCAUAACCAUAAGGCGUAUGAAUCCACGACCGGAGUACAUGCAUUAACUCUUACCCCCUUCUAUAAUGUCUGAAUGAAUUUUUUAUGAGUUAGAUUUUACCCCUAAUACGUCUACUUUAGAUUUCUUCUUCUUUCGACUUCUCCCAAUGCUAGUUUUUUUAAAUCUCUAAAAUUUUUUUGUAAUAUGAACUUUGGGAAUCUGUGACUAGCCACACGCCAUGGAUUUCAUAAAGUAUGAUAUGUGUUGAUUAUUACUUUUAAUGGUAUAUUUUAAACACUUUUGAGAAAUUAGCCACAAAAAAAAUCCAUAUAUAUUGACACUUCUUUGAUCGCUUUUACCAAAUCUGUCUCCCUCAGAUCAUAGCACUUAGUAAUGAUUUAGUAUGUUGUCAUGGUCUACGCAAACACUACUUCCUCUUUUUCUUUUGAUUAGCUUGUUUGCCUGUUUUUGUUUUGUUCUGUAGAAGCUGAACUCACUGGACGAGAGGAACGAACUCGGAGAAACUCUGAUUCAGUUCUGUAUCCUAGCGUCACGGAAGAACUGUCAAUGUUAAAGAUCAAACGCAUCCAGGCAGCAUUUAAUCAGAGAAUGGCAGUUAUGGAGAAAGAAAUUGAAGAAGUUUCUUUGAAGGUUUUUGGAGAUCGUAGUGCUAAGAGGCAGCAAACCAUAUUCAAGAAAAUACCCUACGAGCUUGAAGGUAACAAUGUAAAUAGUGUAUGAGUACAUAUCACAGCAUACCUGAAAGCUUAAAAUCGAUCUGAAGCGAAUAGAAGAACAUGAGUGUGAUUCUUUCUCAGAGACCAAAGCGCAAGAACUUAAAGAAACCGAGAAAGGAUUCGAAGAGCAUCGAUUGUGGCAACCACCUAAGGUCGAGCCAAUGGAUAUGGAGAAGUUUUUCCAUGUACAAAAGUAUCUGGAAGAUGUCCAUGAAACUUUUAGUGUGACGACUGAGGCGAGUGACAGUGCUCUGAGUACACAAGCAACGGUAUCCGAAAUUGAAACAGAAGAAGUUAGCGGUAAGUUUACCCAAACUCUAGCCCUCUGAAAACUGAUUGAUUUUUAAUAAUAUUUAUUUAUUACCCCAAGAGCAAACGUCAGUCUUGAAAAUCCGUAAAUGCAAACUCCAUGUUAAUAUACAGUGUACCUUUUGAAAGCUAUAGAGGGGCACAUUAAAAACGACAUCAGAAGCUCUGAAAGAAUUUCCAUUUUGUGCUAACUAGCUCUAAAAAUCAAAGACCAAAAGCGUAAGGAAGAAAUUUUCCGUCCCUUAAAUUUCUCAGGUGCACAGUUUAACGUGAUAUUAGUUUUACGCCUGAUUUAAUGAUCAUAUAUUUACUAUAAUAUAAUUUCGUCGGUUCAGGGAAAUCCAUCAAAUAAUAAAAAAGUUAUGAAACUUUGAGUCGAAUGGAACUCCUAGAGGUUAAAGAGUAUUUUCUAUUGUUGGGAGAGUGAGGUAGAUUGGCUUACUGGUAAUGUAUAGGCGAGACAGGAGUUAUAAAAAGGAGAUUAUGCUAGUGUCUAGAUCUCUCUUGUCCUUUUAGACUUUGUACAAAUGGUAGGAAAAGGGAGUACGAAACUUGUACAUUUGCAACGAAGGCUCUUCGCGCACCCCGUCUCUGGGUGGUGAUGGGUGGCUUUUAGGCUUUUAAGUUAAGCGGCCUUCCUAUUAAACAAGAAAGUCGAUUUAAAAAUCUUUUUAAGAGUCAGCGUAACUCAGGCUUCGUGCAGCACAAUUCACGUGAACGCAGAAAAAUAUAAUGCUUAAGGGGAAGAAAAGUUGAGCGCGUAACCCAGUUUCUGAUGUAUUUUCGGGUUGUUUAAUACAGGCUUAUCCUCUUUAUCUUUAAUUGUACUUUUCUAUUUCAUUUGAAGCAGAUAGACUUUGCUUGAAAGAUCUCAGUCAGUUGGUCACAGGUGAAUUGAAUCAAAGGCUGACGGCUGAUGCUACUGCGAUGGAAAAAGUCUCCCGUUUUUUUGGUUUAAAAGUUGAUCCAUUCUCUUUCUCCUUCCUUCAUAUUAAACAUUUCUUUCCUAACACUACUGUGAGCGUGUUGAAAGAAUGCUUUGAGGCCUUACGAUUGUACGAUCUCGCUGAGAUCCUAGCAAAAGUGAAACCACGUGCACUUUGUCCUACGCUGUCUCCGGAGCAAGUGGAAAAAUUGCAACUCGGUGAUCGUCGCACGAAAAACUACCGCAACAUGGCAGUUGUGGUAGUUGAUGUUAGCUGUGAACAUAGUAAAGCAAAAAUGAUUGAAACAUUUUUUAAAGAUCUAAACCCAAAAAACGAAGUACGUGUAGUACCAGUUACUAAUCUGGUAGAAAAGUAUCUAGUGCUGGAGGACAUCAGGCAGAAGAAGCGGUUGGAGAUGGAUGCGAUCGCCUACGAGAAGAAACAACGGUUAGAAAUGCAUCUUUCUAUGAUGAGAAAGAUGAUUAAGGGGGAAGACCAGGAGAAGAGCAAAAGCCCUCAAGAAGAAAGCAUGCUGAGAGUAAUUGACCGUCGGUGGACGAAUUCAAAUCGUUUGAGAACCGAAGAACCUUUCCUGAGAGAACAACUUGAGAGCAAAAUGAAAGAAAUUACAAAACUUAGAGAAGAAAUUAAAAUUAGAACUAAGCUGAUUGAAGAUAUUGGAAGGGAGAAAAGCGAUGCAGAGUCGGCCUUGUUAAAUGUCAUGGACAAAUGGAUCCAAGAUCAAGGUUGGUAAAUUUGUACAAACUCUAGGAACAUGACUAUGGAAAGACGUGUUUUUAAGAUCUUUCCGCUCAUCUAUGCAUUAUUUUUCUCUGGUGCUUUUUAAGUCCCUCGUUUUUAUCCCAUCGUCAAAAAGCCAGUUUCCGGUGGUCAUUUAGAAUAUUAUUUUUUUGGUACAAUACUACGCGUUCUGGAGGCUAGAAACCUUCGGAAACUGUACAAACGUUCUUGCAUUCCAAAUUUUGUAGAAAUGAUUGCGUACAAAAUGGCCAACAAACUAAAACAAACAACCUAAUCCAGUAGGUAAUUGUAAUUGUUUUUUUGUGAAGAAGGUUGAAUUGAAUUUUUUUUUUUUUUUUGAACUUCGGAAUUUUAAAAGAUGAGGGAAAAAGCGCUGGACAUUCAUGGCUUAGAAUUCUGUUAAAGCCUGAAUUGUUUUCAUGACUUGUUUUCGCAACUGCUUUAAUUGUAUUUAUAGCUGCAGUGAUCCUACUUGUUGUUUGUUACGUGAUUCCAAUCGAAUAAGAGCGCCCCCAGUUUGCCGCUCUGAUCAUCGUUGGUUGCCUUUUCCGACUUAUACGUCUUACACGGGUGUUUAUAGAUCAAUCCUCCUGGAUCUAAGGGUUGACAAAUACUGUCUGUUGGUUUUAACCACGAUAGCUACUCACUUUGUCACAUAGGUAGCAUUCCUAACAAACACAAUAGCUCUACAAGUCACGUUCAUGCUUGUAAACAAUGGGUUCUAAACAGGCGCCUAAUUCGAUGGAUUGACAUAUAACACGGGGAGAUAUUUGGAAGUUGCUUGUUAUUUCUUCGAGUAGGGGCGAGGAAAAGUAAGAGCAAUUACCGUAACGUUCGCUUGUAUUAUAUGUUAAAUCAUCGAAUAAGGGAUUUACUUUUCCAUUGUCCGGUAUUUUGGCUUGGAGUCUUUUCACUUCCUUCACUUUUGAGCAAUAAUGGACAAUUUUGUACUUGUUUGAAUACAACUUAUUGAAAUGCCGCUGUUACAGCGUUUUGGGUAUCCCCGCGUUUUAAGUAUCCCAUACCCAAAGUGCUGGUGUCUUCGGCAUUCCCUCUGGGGAUAAACAGAACACUAAAAGUGAAUUAAACGAGAGAUUGUGGUAAGUAUACCUUUUGCUGUUCAUUACAGGAAAAUACGAACCAUUUGCGUGAAAAAGGCGAACGCUUGCGUGAAGUUACAUUAUUGUCUUCAUCUUAUUAACGCCAUCUAGGAAUGAUAUUGAAUUGCAAAUAGUGUAAUAAAAAUGUUAAUAAUUGGUUUAUGUAUUAUACUGUUUGUGUAUUAUCUCAAUUGAAUUUCAUGAUGGUGUUAAUGACUUGAAGGUUAGCGUUGACCUAUAAAAAUGCCCAAAAAUGUACUUGAAUGCUGGUUAAAUUGCGAAAAUCGCUAUCGCGCACGUGAUCGUUUUUUUCUCGCUAAUGAAUGUAACUUCACGCAAUUGUUCGCCUUUUCACGCAAAUUGAUGCGUAUUUUCAGUAGAAGGUGUACUUCGGCCAAUCUCUUGUUUAACUUACUGUGAGUGUUCUAAGUAUCUCCAGAAAGGAUACUGGAAACGCUAACAUUUUGGGUACGGGGAUAAUUAAAACGUGGGGAUACCCAAAACGCUGUGACAUCUCCAGACUCAAUGAAACGUGAAUCUUUUCGUGACGCAAGUGAUAACUUCUCUAAAGGGUAUGGUUAGGCGUUACAUUUUGGGCGGCCGCUCAGAGGAGGUUCGACUGCGUCUGCAGAUUCAAACUUUUGUAUAAUUCUGGUGAUAAUCGUGUAGAAUAAUUUCCAUGACGUCAUUGCUUUUUCCUUUUUUUGCACACUUCUGGUUUAUCUCGUUUGUUUUUGUUUUUCUUUCGUAUACAUUUCUUUCCUUUAUUUUGUUUCUUUUCUAAUUCAGUGAUACGUUUAUUGGUCUUCUGUUGUAGAUGGAUCCACCUUCAUUGCGGUAUUUUUAAUCUGUACUGACAAUUGGGCCCAUAAUUUUUUUAACGAACGCCUUUCUGAAUCUAUUGCGGAGAAGUUGGCUUCAAUUCCAGAUCAUGGGAAACUUGUGGUGAGCCCUCCUGGAUGGAAAAGUAUUAGUAAAAUUCCCGAAACCCUUCAUAUAAUAUUGAGGAAAGCUGGUAAUGAUCACGUCGGGAGGAGAGCAGACAACGAUUCGCAUUUUUUUACUUCAUUCAUUGAAAUUUUCAAGAAGCGUUGGCCUUCGUUGGACCUUAUUUCAAUGAUGAGAGAAUUUAAAAGGACCUGGCCACAUAAUUUAGAAGUGAAGGACAAUUUGUCUACUGUGCCACGGUUUUAGGAGGUAAACAAAGAGAUUGUUGUGUAAAUCAUGGUUUAUAAUCUUAUAAUAUCGCUAAGGACAGGUAUUUCUAACACCGUUUUGUUCCAGUCGUAAAUAUGGAAGUUCAAAUUGUAAGAGGGCGGGCGACAUUACAUAAUGGCUUCCCGUUUUGUUGUGUAUGGGGAAUAAAACAAAUACUGCUUACAAGGUUAGUCCUUGAAACAUUUUUCAACGAAACAACCAAAUACGUGUAAACAGUCAGAACAAUGAGUUUGUGUUUCCGCCCAAAACCAGCCCGAGAAUAACAGGUACUUGUGCUUAAAACCACUAUAAGCGAUGUUUUAAUAGGGUGUGAAAACUUGUGUACUCAUUCAAAAGUGUGCAGCUCAAAUGAAAAAAUUAAAUGAAAUUACGAAAAGUAGUUUUAAAUGCGGUAAAAGCCGCUUGAAUUACUAGGAAGGUCCAGCAAACGGGACCAAAUGUAUACUUUUUUCUUGCACGAAAACUUAUGAAAAAACAUUCAGUAUUAUGUUUACUUGUACAGAAAAUGAAGAGAAAAUUUAUUCAUUGGCUGGAUCUUGAUUCAUCAAGGUGGACGAGUUUGAUGUAGAUAAGCAAUACCUGAUUUGUUGAGGAGACCUCCUAUCCUAUAAUUUGCUGCAAGCCAUACCUAAACAAAUUACAUAUAACCAGCCUCGUUUUAUUUCUACUAAAAUUCCUUGUGCUAGCUUGUAUGGGGCCCUUUAACUAUAGCCUAACGUUUAGGAAUUAUGGUCCUAACAAAGCGUCCGCCUCUGUCGGAUCGUCUGGGCUCUAUUUCUCAACAAUGACCUCUCAAUUAUUGGUUGAUCCUUACUAAUACAACUGAAAACUUACAGCGAGUGGAAGGCUUUCCCAUCUAC